UAAACUACUUUUGUGGGCGGAAAUAGUAAAAAGUUUGAGACCAACUGUAGUGAUAAAGAUUUAAUCUUCAAUAACAAAGUUCAACGUAAAUAAUGCGAUCAAGUUUCUAAAAUAUACCUAUUUACACAGAUCGGUUUUAUAUAUAUUACAAAGAAUGCAGUUGACUUUAAACAUAUUUUGUUGUUUACUAUCCGGAUUCGUAAACGUAGCUACUGAAAAAUCUUUUCUGAAAAUUAAGGAUAACAGAUCUUUGCCACUUGUUAUUAAUACCUGGUCGUUUACGGAAGCUAAUAGCGCUGCUUGGCAUGUACUAAAUCAAAAGCCGAAUGGUAAUGCUUUGGAUGCGCUUGUCGAAGGUUGUGCAACAUGUGAGCGUCUACAAUGUGACGGUACUGUGGGCUAUGGAGGCUCACCGGAUGAGAACGGUGAAACUACACUUGAUGCCAUGAUUAUGGAUGGUAGCAACAUGAAUAUUGGAGCUGUUGCAGGUCUACGUCAAAUUAAAGAUGCCAUAAAUGUAGCAAGACACGUAUUGGAGCACACAAAGCAUACACUGCUUGUCGGUGAUGCCGCAAGUAAUUUCGCCGAGAUGAUGGGAUUUCAGCGAGAAAGUCUAACAACCAAUAAAUCCAUAGAUAUUUUGGAAGCAUGGAGGAAUAACUAUUGUCAGCCAAACUACUGGUUAAAAGUAUAUCCAGAACCUACUGAACGCUGUGGGCCAUACAGACCAAUCUCAUUAGCUAAUAGUGAAUUACGAAAUUACCUGUCACGCUACGAAUAUCAAAUUGGUCGGUAUAAUCACGAUACAAUUGGCAUGAUUGUUGUUGGUCCAGGUGGGCAAAUUUAUGCUGGAACAUCAACAAAUGGUGCAACGCAUAAAAUACCCGGUCGUGUAGGAGACUCGCCUAUACCCGGUGCAGGUGCUUAUGCUGAUAACGAAGUGGGAGCAGCUGUAGCUACAGGCGAUGGUGAUAUAAUGAUGCGUUUUCUACCUGCUUUGGUAGCUGUGGAAGGUCUACGAGCUGGUCGAACACCAACGGAAGCAGCAGAAGUAUCGAUGCAACGUAUAGUACGGCACUAUCGCGAUUUUAGUGGAGCAUUGGUUGUUGUGGAUCGUUUUGGCAAUUAUGGUGCUGCUUGUGUGGGCAUGGAAAAAUUUCCAUAUUCAGUUGUGAAUGGUGAUGCAACGCAAAAGACAAGGGUAGAAUACACAUAUUGUAAAAGAGCGAUGUAUUUGUAAUGCAGAUUUUAUGCUGACGCUAAUAAAAUUUUUUGGUAAUACUAAAAA